GGUAGCGCCGGCGCACUGGCGCGCUCUGUUCACACGCUCCGCGGCCUGUAGGCGCCGCGAGUUCCGGCUGUCGCCGUCACCGCCGCUGCUCCUGGAGGUCGGUUGCGGCGAGUAACGGCGCCGGGACGAGCCCCGCGCUUUCGUUUCCGAUAUGUACCCGAAUUGGGGCCGGUAUGGCGGGAACAGCCACUAUCCGCCGCCGCCAGUCCCGCCGCCGCCGCCAGUGGCGCUUCCUGAGGCCUCACCGGGGCCCGGGUACUCCAGUUCGACGACUCCCGCGGCCCCUUCCUCUUCGGGCUUCAUGAGCUUCCGAGAGCAACACUUGGCGCAGCUCCAGCAGCUGCAGCAGAUGCACCAGAAGCAAAUGCAGUGCGUGCUCCAGCCCCACCACCUUCCUCCGCCCCCGCUGCCGCCCCCGCCGGUGAUGCCGGGGGGCGGCUACGGAGACUGGCAGCCGCCACCGCCACCGAUGCCCCCGCCACCUGGGCCAGCCCCCAGCUAUCAGAAGCAGCAGCAGUACAAACACCAGAUGCUCCACCACCAACGAGACGGGCCUCCUGGUUUGGUUCCUAUGGAGCUGGAGUCCCCUCCUGAAUCUCCCCCUGUCCCUCCAGGACCCUAUAUGCCCCCGUCUCAGUCGUACAUGCCUCCACCUCAGCCACCACCCUCUUACUAUCCCCCUUCCUCCGCUCAGCCCUACCUGCCACCUGCUCAGCCAUCCCCUUCUCAGUCCCCACCUUCCCAAUCCUUUCUGGCGCCCACCCCUUCUUAUUCUUCCUCUUCCUCCUCGCAAUCUUAUUUGAGCCAUUCCCAGCCCUACUUACCUCCCUCCCAGGCAUCUCCUUCCCGCUCCCAGGGCCAUUCUAAACCCCAGCUACUACCACCACCGUCCGUCCCUUCUGGGAAUAAGACAACUGUCCAGCAAGAACCUUUGGAGAGUGGGGCCAAGAACAAGAGUGCUGAACAGAAGCAAGCUGCUCCUGAGCCAGAUCCCUCUACAAUGACUCCACAGGAGCAACAACAAUAUUGGUAUCGGCAGCAUCUGCUUAGCCUGCAGCAGAGGACAAAAGUGCAUUUGCCAGGACAUAAAAAGAGUCUUGCCACAGCCAAGGACGUACCAGAACCCCUAAAAGAAGAAGUUCCAGUGCCGGCUACCAGUCAGGUUUCAGAACCCCUUGCAUCUGAGGAGCCUCCGUUACCACCUCCAAAUGAAGAGGCACCACCUCCACUCCCACCUGAAGAACCCCAGUCUGAAGACCCAGAAGAGGAUGCUAGGUUAAAACAGUUGCAGGCCGCAGCAGCGCAUUGGCAACAGCACCAGCAACAUCGCGUCGGCUUUCAGUAUCAGGGAAUAAUGCAGAAGCACACUCAGUUACAGCAGAUCCUACAGCAGUACCAGCAAGUUAUCCAGCAUUCACCGCACAUACAGACUAUGGCUCUUGAUGUGCAGCUGCGACAUUAUGAGAUGCAGCAGCAGCAGUUUCAGCAUCUCUACCAAGAAUGGGAGCGAGAGUUUCAGCUGUGGGAGGAACAGCUCCAGGCCUAUCCUCAUAAAGAUCAGCUUCAGGAGUAUGAGAAACAGUGGAAAACAUGGCAAGGACAUAUGAAAGCCACUCAGACCUAUCUCCAGGAAAAAGUCAACUCAUUUCAGAAUGUGAAGAACCAGUAUAUGGGGAACAUGUCAAUGCCACCUCCAUUUGUCCCAUAUUCUCAGAUGCCUCCACCUCUACCAACAAUGCCCCCUCCAGUAUUACCUCCAUCAUUGCCACCACCAGUGAUGCCUCCUGCUCUACCCACUACCAUACCACCACCUGGCAUGCCCCCACCUGUGAUGCCACCUUCACUCCCAACCUCUGUUCCGCCACCAGGACUGCCUCCAUCUCUUUCUUCAGCAGGGCCACCUCCAGUCCUCCCCCCACCUUCCCUCUCUUCAGCAGGGCCACCCCCAGUCCUCCCCCCACCAACUCUCCCUUCUGGGGCACCUCCACCUGUCCUGCCCCUCCCACCAUUGUCUUCAGCCACACCUCCUCCAGGAAUCCCUCCCCCUGGAGUUCCACAGGGGCUGCCUCCUCAGUUAACAACAGCCCCAGUUCCACCAGCCUCCAGUUCUCAGAACUCACAGGUCCCAGAGAAAUCUCGACAAGCACUGCUUCCCACACCUGUGUCUUUUGGUUCAACCCCACCUUCACCUUAUCACCCUCCACCUCAGUCAGAACAAGUGAAUUCCAAACCUCUGAACAAAGCUGCUCUGCCGUUUAGUUCGUUUUCAUCUGAGCAAGGACUUGGCGAAUCUUUGGCUGUUCCAUCUCAAUCUAUUACUGCAACUAAGGACAUGCCAGUGAGGUCAGAUGGACUGCUUCCAGACCCUCCUAGAAGCAGUUUCUUGGAAGGUCCAAAAGGUCCAAGAUUUGAUGGUCCUCGAAGAUUUGAGGAUUUAGGGUCAAGGUGUGAAGGACCGAGACCCAAAGGGCCUCGUUUUGAAGGAAAUCGCCCCGAUGGGCCAAGACCCAGAUAUGAAAGUCACCCAGCAGAGGGCACUAAAAGCAAAUGGGGAAGGAUCCCCCGGGGUCCAGCAUCUCAAUUUUAUAUAACUCCCAAUACAUCCCUAAGUCCUCGACAGAGUGGACCACAGUGGAAAGGCCCCAAAGCAACUGUUGGAGAGCAACAGCAGCAGCCUAAGCCACAAGCAGAACCUCUUUCAGGAAACAAAGAACCAUUAGCAGACACAAGUAGUAACCAGCAGAAGAAUUUUAAAAUGCAAUCAGCUGCAUUUUCCGUUGCUACAGAUGUCAAGGAUACCAAGGCGGCUCAGUCAAAUGAGAAUCUAAGCGACUCUCUGCAAGAGCCACCUAAAAGCCAAGUCUCGGAAGGGCCCAUAGAGCCCUCUAAUUGGAACCAGAAUUCUCAAAGUAUGGAGACUGAAAUGGACAAAGCCCACAGUGUUACUCAGCCUGUAUCCCUUGCAAAUAAACCUGUACCUACUCAAUCUACCUUUUCCUCAAAAAUAGGGAGCAUAAAGGGAGGAGCAGCAACAGCAUUGACUGCAGAUAAUGAUUUCAAACCUUUGGGUGUUGGUUUACCUCACUCAGAAAACAACCAAGAGAAAGAUCUUCCUCAGCCAGACAGCAGAGAAAGUAGAUUAGAAGGCAAUAAAGCCAGCAUCUCAUCCUACAGAGGUCCUGGGCAAAAUAGAGUGGAAGAUACACGAGAUAAAGGACUAGUAAACAGAGGCCGUGGCCAGACAAUUAGUCGAGGUCCUGGGCUGGUCAAGCAAGAAGAUUUUCAUGAUAAGAUGAUGGGUAGAAGAGAAGAUAGUCGUGAGAAAACCAGCAGAGGAGAAGGCAGCCGGGACAGGGUGUUGGUGAGGCCGGGAAGCAGUCGAGAUAAAGUACCAGGUGGCUUACAAGACGGCCAGGACAGUAGAGCUAGCAGCCGAGAAAGGGGGCCACCUCGCAGCGCUGGUAGUCAGGAGAGAGGACCUCCUCGAAGGGCUAGAAGUAGAGAGAGAAUACCUGCCCAAAGAGCUGGGAGCAGGGAGAGGGGACCGCCUCGGGGGUCAGGCAGUCGAGAAAGGGGUCUAGGGAGGCCAGAUUUUGGUCAUGAUAGAGUUCCCUUUAGACCAGAACCAGGAGAUGGUGGGGAGAAAAUGUAUCCUUAUCAUCGAGAUGAACCUUCUAGGGCUCCGUGGAACCGAGGAGAAGAGAGAGGACAUGAAGAUUUCCCAUUAGAUGGUAGAAAUGCUCCAAUUGAGCGAGAAAGACUUGAUGACUGGGAUAGAAAGAGAUACUGGAGAGAGUGUGAACGUGACUAUCAAGAUGACACACUAGAUCCAUACAGCAGAGAGGACAGAUUCUCAGCACCACCAUCUCGGUCUCAUGAUGGAGACAGGCGAGGCCCUUGGUGGGAUGACUGGGAAAGAGAUGAGGAUAUGGAUGAAGGUUACAGCAGGGAGAUGGACAGGGACUUAGAUAGAGAUGUGGAUCGGAUUAGAAGACCCAUGGACAUGUAUGAUAGAAGUGUGGAUAAUGAGUGGGACAGAGAUUAUGAAAGACCACUGGAUGAACAAGAAUCACAGUUUCGUGAACGCGAUAUUCCAUCUCUUCCACCUUUACCGCCCCUCCCACCUCUUCCACCUUUGGAUAGAUAUCGGGAUGAUAGAUGGAGAGAAGAAAGAAAUCGAGACCAUGGGUAUGACCGAGAUUUCCGUGAUAGGGGUGAGUUGAGGAUUCGAGAGUAUCCGGAAAGAGGAGAUACAUGGCGGGAAAAGCGAGACUAUGUUCCUGACAAAAUGGACUGGGAAAGAGAACGGUUGUCAGACAGAUGGUACCCAUCUGAUGUGGAUAGACAUUCCCCCUUGGCGGAACAUAUGCCAUCCUCACAUCAUUCCUCUGAAAUGAUGGGUUCUGAAGCAAACUUAGACUCUGACCAAGGCCUUGGAGGGGUAAUGGUUCUCAGUCAGAGGCAGCACGAAAUCAUUUUGAAAGCUGCACAAGAAUUGAAAAUGCUUCGAGAACAGAAAGAACAGCUUCAAAAGUUGAAAGACUUUGGGUCUGAGCCACAGAUGGCUGACCAUCUACCACCCCCGGACUCAAGAUUACAGAAUACAUCAAGACCUGGGAUAUAUCCGCCUCCAGGCUCCUAUAGACCACCCCCUCCCAUGGGUAAGCCACCUGGGUCAAUUGUAAGACCCACUGCUCCACCAGCAAGAUCAUCUGUUCCUAUGACUAGGCCUCCUGUGCCAGUACCACCGCCACCUCCUCCACCUCCACCACCACCGCCUCCUCCUCCAGUUAUAAAGCCAAAAACUUCAUCUGUGAAACAGGAACGCUGGGAUGAAGAUUCUUUCUAUGGGCUCUGGGAUACAAAUGAUAAUCAAGGACUGAAUUCAGAAUUUAAGCGAGACACUGCACCAAUUCCAUCUGCUCCGGUAUUACCACCCCCACCUGUUCAUUCUUCCAUUCCCCCUCCUGGCCCAUUGCCUAUGGGUAUGCCACCAAUGUCCAAACCACCACCAGUACAGCAUACAGUUGACUAUGGCCAUGGCCGAGAUAUGCCUACUAAUAAGGUUGAACAGAUACCGUAUGGGGAGAGAAUAACUCUUCGCCCGGAUCCAUUACCCGAAAGGCCGGCCUUUGAUGCAGAGCAUGCAGGCCCGCAUGAUCGCUAUGAUAGAGAUAGAGACCGUGAACCUUAUUUUGACCGUCAAAGUAAUAUAGCAGAUCAUCGAGAUUUUAAAAGGGACCGAGAGACACACAGAGAUAGAGACCGGGAUCGUGUUCUUGACUAUGAGCGGGAUCGAUUUGACAGAGAGCGCAGACCCCGAGAUGACAGGAAUCAAUCAUAUCGAGACAAAAAAGAUCAUUCAUCGUCCAGAAGAGGAGGAUUUGAUAGGCCAUCCUAUGACCGGAAGUCUGAUAGACCACCCUAUGAAGGCCCAACCAUGUUUGGAGGAGAACGAAGAACUUACCCAGAGGAACGAAUGCCCCUGCCAACUCCUUCCCUGGGCCAUCAGCCACCUCCAGCUCCACGGGUUGAGAAGAAGCCUGAGUCCAAGAAUGUGGAUGACAUUCUGAAACCACCAGGCCGGGAGAGCAGGCCUGAAAGAAUUGUUGUUAUCAUGAGAGGAUUGCCUGGCAGUGGAAAGACACAUGUUGCAAAACUUAUUCGGGAUAAGGAAGUAGAAUUUGGAGGACCCGCACCCAGGGUUUUAAGUCUGGAUGAUUAUUUUAUCACUGAAGUAGAAAAAGAAGAAAAAGAUCCAGAUUCUGGAAAGAAAGUGAAAAAGAAGGUUAUGGAGUAUGAAUAUGAGGCUGAGAUGGAGGAGACUUACCGCACCAGCAUGUUCAAAACUUUUAAAAAGACGCUGGAUGAUGGCUUUUUCCCCUUUAUCAUUCUGGAUGCUAUCAAUGACAGAGUUAGACAUUUUGACCAGUUUUGGAGUGCAGCAAAAACCAAGGGUUUUGAGGUGUAUUUGGCUGAAAUGAGUGUCGAUAACCAGACUUGUGGCAAGAGAAAUAUUCAUGGAAGAAAGCUUAAAGAAAUAAAUAAGAUGGCUGAUCAUUGGGAAACCGCACCUCGUCAUAUGAUGCGUCUAGACAUUCGUUCCUUGCUUCAAGAUGCUGCAAUUGAAGAAGUAGAGAUGGAAGAUUUUGAUGCAAAUAUUGAAGACCAGAAGGAAGAAAAGAAAGAUGCAGAAGAAGAGGAAAGCGAACUGGGUUACAUUCCGAAAAGCAAAUGGGAGAUGGACACUUCUGAGGCAAAGCUAGACAAGUUGGAUGGCUUGAGGACUGGUACUAAAAGGAAACGUGACUGGGAGGCGAUUGCCAGCAGAAUGGAGGAUUACCUUCAGCUCCCUGAUGAUUACGACACUCGUGCUUCUGAGCCUGGGAAGAAGAGGGUGAGAUGGGCAGACCUAGAAGAAAAGAAGGAUGCAGAUAGGAAAAGGGCCAUAGGUUUUGUGGUCGGACAGACUGAUUGGGAGAAGAUCACAGAUGAAAGUGGUCACCUGGCUGAAAAAGCCCUCAAUCGAACCAAAUAUAUAUGAGACUUAGUUUUUGAAUGGAGUCAUUUUCUCUCUAAGGUGGUUCGCUUUGAGGUGACCUGAAGCCAAGGCCUCAUGAAGCUUCCUUGUGUCAUGAAGCUUCCUUGUGUUUCCAUGUUUCAAUUUCGUUUUGUUUCUACCACUUUCAUUUUUAAAAGUUCUCCAGUAUCCCCAAGAAAUUUUAGGAUCUUGCUGUAUCCAAGCAAGACAUUAAUUUUUCUUUUUAACUAAUUUGGGGAGGGAGGGUUAGCUUAACUGCUGAAGUCAGGUGGGGAUCCAUAGGAGGAUUCCAACAGAAUAUUUCCUCCACUGUACACUGUCACAGACUAUCAUCAUUGAUUUGUGGCUGUUUUUGUUUUUUUACUGUAUGUAACUGGUAGCUGAUUGUACUAGGAUUAAAAAGAAUAAACUUUCACGAUAAAGCCAAUGAAAUUCAUAGGCUGUACAGUGUGGGCCCUUUUCUCUUAUUUUCUUAAAUUUAUUUAAGAAAAUAUUGUUAUAUAAAUGCAGUAUGUCCUGCUUGCUAAACACUCCCAAACCUCUUUUCUAUUGAAUAUUAGCACAGCUAUUUGGUAGCACAUUGUAAAAUUCAAGGUUCAGUGAUAAUCAAAACAUUCAACUUUGCUUUAUAGCUGAUUUCUUUUUCUUUGUGUCUAAAAGACUAACAGACCAGGUCUAAAUACUUAUCUCUCGGGGCGUGUCUCUUCUGUAAUUUUUUUUUUUUUUUAGGAGAGGGGGGAAAUAAGGUGUCAUCUCUUUAGUCUUCCUUUUUCUUUCUGCUUUGUGCUAUUUUAUGUUUGAUGUUUUUUUCCCCCCUCUUAGCUGGUUUUGUAUACAGGUAAACAGAACUACUGUUCUCCACAGAACUCAAGCUGUUGCCUUACUUUGAACUUGAAUCAUUGCUUUCAGUCAGGAUCAAGGUGAAGGAGUAUGGAAAUGCACAGCCCACUGGCAAGCAGCCUUUGAGCCUGCCAGCGUUUCAGGUUCUUGCCAGAUUGCUCACUAUUGGAAAGUUUGGUCUUCUGCACAGAAUUUCAUCUCUUGUGUAUAAUCCCAAUCAGAGCCCAGAAACAGAGCUUAACCCCAAAUAGCAUUCUUCUUUAAAUAUAGAAAGGGGUUUCUUUUCCUUUUAUCAGUCUUCAAAGUAAAGUCAUUUUCUAUCAUGAAGAUAAAGAUGAACUUUCUUCCAUAAAUGUCAUUCUUUGUUUGUAAGCCAGCUCAGCAUCUUAUGAAUAUGUUCACUGAAGACCUCAGCAUUGUGUCAUGGAUGGAAAUCUCCAAUCUUCAAUGAAAUUCAACCUACAUUAAAUACUGUGCCUAGAGCUAAUAUUUCCUAACAGUUCAGGAGUGUCACUUUGGGUUCAGUAAUGGUCUUACCAGACUGAAGGUGCCAAUCAAUGGGAAACCCAGAAACUUCUGUACUUUUAUCUUCUGUGAAAUUCUGAAUGUUUAAGCCUAAAAGACUAGGUUCAUUAACAAAUUAAUGUUGAAUGUAUAAUUUGCUCCAUUAAAUGAUUCCCACUGUUUGUAGUAUUUAAAAAGCUGUUUUGGUGGCUAAGGCAUGUAAUAUAUUUCUACAUACUGAGUCAUCUCGGCUGCCAUUAUUUUAUUGGAAAAAGUUACGUGCCAAGAUAGCCAAAUAGAAUUAUUGUUUGUACAAAGACUCAUUUACUACUUAGUAGUGCUUCCCCAGGCCUUUUCUCACCAAAGACUUGGAAAGUUUGUUCCCUGCUUGGGAAAAAAGAAAGGCCUCCUUGUUCCUCAGUUAUCUUUAACCUUUCUGCAGCAUUUGAAACACCUGCAAGAUGAGAAGUGGUUACCCAUGGAUCAUGGGCCUCAGCAGCAUCAGCCGUGACCUGUGCCAGCUUUCAGAAAGUAGUUAGAGCAGCCAUAGGGAAUGAACAUAGAUCAUCUUCCUGCUUUAGGAAAUGUAAAGAGAGUCAUGAAAAAGAUAAGGAACCAGAAAGCAGUAAGAAAGAUAACUGAGUAAUAUUUGAUUCUUCUAGACCAUUAGGAAACUGUUAAGAGAUCCUCGAGUUUUUAUUAUCACCAAAAAGAAUAGAAAGUCAGGUGGUGUCUUGGAAAUAAUUCGGUUGGGUAUAAAUUAUAGUACCAAACCUAGAGUUCGUGUAUUUGCUAGUAUUAAUGUUAUCUUUCUUAUUUCAGAAAGCAAUUGGGUAUGUUUUUGCAUUUUUAUUUAAGUUAUAUUAUUUUUAAUGCAUUGGUGUUUCUUUUCUCUUAAUACAAAAUAGUCUGAUGUUAGAAAGUGUUCCAGAUAUUUUAAGCCAUCUGUAACAUGUUUUUUUUUUUUUUCAUUUCAGUGAUUCAGAUCCACUUGUAAGAUUUCUGAUCAAGGAACUUGGUAGAUGACAGACAGAAAUUUUCCUCUUUGAGAAUUGUUUGUUUAGGAUUGUUGGCAUAUUUCAAAUAUUCAAGUGGCUUCUCGCAGAAAUCAUAAGAUUCCACCAGUACACAGAAGCUGGACUUCUGUUACCCUGCAGUGCUGCUGGGGAUCAGUGCCAGAGCCUUAUUAUGAGGCACAAGUGUUCAAUCAACUGAAUUAUAUUCUCAGCCCAUAAAAUUUAGUUUUGAUUGGCACAA